AUGUACGCCAAACUACCACCCAGUUACAUCACAAAAUCAUCGAUCUACUGCAUCGGUGGUGGGUUGCUCGGCUUUGGGGCUAUUGAGCUUCUCUUCGGUGGCGAGGUCUUCUACGAUAAGGGGUUAAUGCCGCUGGUGCACCGGCUCAGCGACGGCGAGACGGCACAUCGAUGGGCCAUCAAAGCGUGCAAGCUUGGGCUUUUGCCCCGAUUUGGCCCGAACCAUUGGGAAUAUCCGGAGCUGGAGUGUGAGUUUGCCGGUCAGAAAUUGAAGAACCCGAUCGGGCUUGCCGCCGGUUUUGACAAGGACGGUGAAGCGAUCCUCCCACUAGCCAACAGCGGAUUCGGCAUGAUCGAAAUUGGCGUGGGGAAGGUGCAAGUGCGUGUUAAGGCUGCACGCGCCGCCCCAUGGUCCCCCGGGAUGGCCGUCUUCGGCGUCAACCUCGGCAAGAAUAAGAUGACUUCGGAUGAAAAUUGCAAACUCGACUACGAGGUCGGCGUCAAUCAUUUUGCGAUGAAUUCCGACUACCUGGUCGUCAACGUGUCUUCGCCGAAUACCCCAGGGCUUCGCUCGAUGCAAGGGAGAAAACCGUUGGAACAACUUCUCGCCUACGUGAAGCGCGCGGUGGAUAUGCACAAACUGCCGAACCCGCCGAAGAUCUUCCUCAAGAUCGCCCCCGACUUGGUCGACGCCGAGCUGGCAGAUAUCGCAAAGGUUGUCAUGGAUCCGAAAUUUGGCGUGGCUGGGCUCAUCAUUUCGAAUACCACAAUCAGCAGACCAGACUCACUGCAAAGUUCGGAGAAAGAUCAAACCGGCGGUCUUUCCGGCGUGCCUCUCAAGGAGUUGAGCACGAACUGCAUCCGGAAAAUGCUAACUGGCGGCAAGGUGCCGAUCAUCGGCUGUGGAGGCAUCGCUUCGGGCGCAGAUGCAUACGAGAAAGUGAAGGCCGGUGCCAGCGUUGUGCAGCUCUAUACGUCGAUGGUGUACCAAGGUUUCCCAGUGAUAGGACGGGUAAAACGCGAGCUUGUUGAGUGUCUUCGCAAAGAUGGGCUGACGAAUAUCAGCCAGGCAGUCGGAGCUGACCAUCGUGCCACCAAGCCG